UUGCUGACCAGUGCGGUCUGUUCGCAAAUCGACUUCGAUCAUUUCUAUACCUAUAUUACGCGUGUCUUUUUAACAAUUCAACAAUUCAAAAAAGAAAAACAUAAAAAACUGAACUUUAUACUUUUUUUCUAAAUACAAACUUAAGAUAGAAUAAAAAAUGUUUUUAAAUAAAUCAUUGGCAUCCGUGAACCUGUUGAAGCGCAGCUUUUCAACAAGUGUUUGGAGAGCAGCUAGCCUACAGGGACCCAGACAGCCUAAUAUUUUGACUGAAAAGCGAAAACAAGCUACCUUUACAGAGCGAAGUCAACUGAAAUAUGCACGCCGUCUGGUGGUUAAACUUGGAAGUGCCGUUAUCACACGUGAAGAUAACCACGGCCUUGCACUUGGACGACUGGCCUCCAUUGUUGAGCAGGUUGCUGAGUGCCAUUUAGAGGGUCGCGAGGUUAUGAUGGUUACAAGUGGUGCUGUAGCUUUUGGUAGUCAAAAAUUAGCACAAGAAUUACUUAUGUCACUUUCUAUGCGUGAAACGCUCUCGCCAAAGGACCCGACACGCGUCGAACAGGGUACCCUGCUUGAACCCAGAGCGGCCGCUGCAGUGGGUCAAUCUGGUCUUAUGUCACUGUACGAUGCUAUGUUUGCACAGUAUGGUGUAAAAAUUGCACAGGUUCUCGUAACAAAACCGGAUUUCUACAAUGAGGAAACACGUAAUAAUUUAUUUUGCACACUUUCUGAACUGAUCAGCCUAAAUAUUGUGCCGAUUAUCAACACCAACGAUGCUGUAUCCCCGCCAAUGUUUUUGAAAGACGAUGAUCUACCAGUUGGCUCAAAGAAGGGUAUAGCAAUCAAGGAUAAUGAUAGUUUAUCUGCUAUGCUUUCGGCAGAGGUUCAAGCGGAUCUACUGAUUCUAAUGUCAGAUGUUGAUGGAAUUUACAACAAACCUCCUUGGGAAGAUGGAGCUAAACUGAUGCACACCUAUACCUCGAAUGACCGACAUGUUAUCGAGUUCGGGAAAAAGUCUAAGGUUGGCACUGGUGGUAUGGACUCAAAAGUGAAGGCAGCCACAUGGGCAUUAGAUCGUGGUGUUAGUGUUGUAAUUUGUAACGGAAUGCAGGAGAAAGCAAUUAAAACCAUUAUAGCGGGACGAAAAGUCGGUACAUUUUUCACUGAAUCUACAGAAGGUUUCUCAACUCCUGUCGAUGUUUUAGCUGAAAAUGCGCGCAUUGGCAGUCGACAGAUGCAGGCGCUUUCUCCGGAACAACGUGCCAAUGCAGUUAACCAUUUGGCUGAUUUAUUGGUAAGCAGGGAAGAAUUUAUUCUGCAAGCGAACGCAAAGGACUUAGCUGAAGCGAAACGACAUGGUCUAGCGAAGCCACUUUUAUCACGCUUGUCUUUGAACUCUGCUAAAUUGAAGAACUUGUCUGUUGGAUUAAAACAGAUUGCUGAAUCUAGUCUUCAGAAUGUUGGUCGCGUUCUACGUCGCACACGACUAGCAGAGAAUUUGGAAUUGAAGCAAGUUACAGUACCUAUUGGUGUACUACUAGUCAUAUUUGAGUCACGUCCAGACUCAUUACCCCAAGUAGCUGCCUUGGCAAUGGCCUCUGCUAAUGGUCUUUUACUAAAAGGUGGUAAAGAGGCUUCUAACAGCAAUAAAGCUUUAAUGGAGCUGGUCAAGGAGGCGCUCGCGACAGUAGGGGCGGAAAACGCAGUUUCCUUGGUAUCCACACGUGAAGAAAUUAGUGAUCUUUUGUCAAUGGAGGACCAUAUCGAUUUAAUAAUACCACGUGGUUCUUCUGAGCUUGUUCGCACAAUUCAAGAGCAAUCCGUCCACAUACCGGUGUUGGGGCAUGCCGAAGGUGUCUGCCAUGUUUUCGUUGACAAAGAAGCUGAUUUGCGUAAGGCCUUGAAGAUAGUCAGGGAUGCUAAAUGUGACUAUCCAGCAGCUUGCAAUGCAAUGGAGACGCUUCUUAUUCAUGAGGAUCUUAUGAGUGGCAACAUUUUUAAUGAUGUCUGCAACAUGUUGAAGCGUGAAGGAGUGAAAAUAUACUCAGGACCAAAACUUAGCCAGAAAUUAACCUUUGGUCCUCCGGCUGCUAAGAGUCUGAAGCAUGAAUAUGGUGCUCUGGAGUGCUGCAUCGAGAUUGUGAAGGAUAUCGACGAGGCAAUAGAGCACAUACACACAUACGGCAGCGGGCAUACCGACGUCAUCGUCACGGAGAGCGAUUCUGCGGCACAACAGUUCCUGUCGUCGGUUGACAGCGCUUGUGUUUUUCAUAAUGCUAGUUCGCGUUUCGCUGAUGGUUUCAGAUUCGGCUUGGGUGCUGAGGUUGGCAUAUCAACGGCAAGAAUUCACGCACGUGGUCCGGUUGGCGUUGAGGGACUUCUAACGACUAAAUGGAUUUUGCGCGGUCAGGAUCAUGCUGCAGCUGAUUUCGCUGAAGGCGGUAGUUGUGUUUGGCUGCAUGAACCGUUGCCUCUAUGAAUUUAUACACCAAUAAUUAUUUUUGUACAUAAUUUAUGUAUUAAUAUUU